AGUGCGAAAAAUUGUUGGAUAUUUUCACCGCAGCCCGAUUGCAUGUCACGCCCUACAGGAAAAACAAACUCUGAUGGAUUUACCAAAACAUAAACUGAUCCAAGACAUAAAUCACCAGAUGGAACAGUUCAUUCGAAAUGCUUGAACGUUUUUUGGAACAACAGCCAGCUAUAAUGGCAACUCUGAUGUCCAAGGAUCUACGAAAGGGGGUCACAGAUGUAGGCACGCUGAGUGAGAGUGAUAUUGCCAACAUGGAUGACAUUGUUCAGUUGAUGGGUCCUGUCAAAAUGGCAACCACUGUGAUGUGUGAAGAAGACCAGCCAACUCUCUCUGUAAUUGCUCCUCUUCAAGCAAAACUGCUGAAACACCUACAGCCAUGCGAAGACGACUCAACCCUGGUUGCAGAGAUUAAGAGGGUGAUGGCCAGUGACCUCUCCACACGCUACAGAGGCACCCAAGAUGCUCUCAACAUAGCAUCAGCGUUGGACCCGCGAUUUAAAGAACUGCCCUACCUGGAAAAAGAGGACAGAGAACAGGUCUACACAAAACUGGUUUUUGAGGCAGAAGUGUCCCACCAGAUGCAAGCAAUGGGAAAUCAGGAGGAAGACGAGGGAAGCUCAAGCACAAAGCUGUCAGGAUUCAAUGAAGAGACCACAGCUCCAAAUGAGUCACCUCCUUGUAGGAAGAAAGCCUUAGAUGCACUGUUUGGCGAUUCCUUCACCCAAAGAGAAAGAAAAUCCACAAGUGAGACAGCCAGAGCAGAGGUGUUAAGGUACCGAGCAAAAGAUGCAUUGCCUUUGACUGAAAAUGCCAUGAAGUGGUGA